CCAAAUUUGUAGUCGGUCCACAGUUUUCUUAGUUUUUCCUCCCUCCUCAAAACUCCCUCCAAAUUCCAAAGUAUCUUCCACACAGAUUCCACCAAACCUCCAUCGCUGAACCGGCAUUCCAACCUGCGCUUCGACCAAACCCAUCGUACAUGGCAUCGACCUCAGCUUCGCGUCACGGUGGCGCUGCCGGAAGAAUUAAAAAUGCAGCCACAACCCUCUCUGCUGAAAGCCAGUCUCUCGUUGCCGAAAUACGGAAGGCUUUGCAUAUGAUGAUGGACAUUGCAGUUGACUUGGAGAAAGAUAAUGAAUCCGCAAAGGUAAAAGACCUUGAAAAUGCUGUUGCUGAGUUGGUGGAGGCUUAUGAAAAUUGUGCAACUUAUGCAGCAGCAAUUGAAUCUGUUGGAAAUAUAUACCAGCCUGGUGCAGAGUUAACUGAUUUCAAGAAGUUGCUUGAGGAUGAAUUCGAGAAGCUCAAGUCUAGUUCAUCUUCCGCUUCACAAAAUCAUCAGCUGAUACGUAAAUUUAGAGAAGCUGUUUGGAAUGUUCAUCAUUCAGGGCAGCCAAUGCCAGGAGAAGAGCAAGAAGACAUCAUAAUGACCAGCACCCAGUCUAGCCUUUUAAAUGUCGUUUGUCCAUUAAGUGGAAAGCCUGUUACUGAAUUAGCAGAGCCAGUUCGCAGUGUGCUAUGCAAGCAUAUCUACGAGAAGAAGGCAAUCAUGCUCUAUAUAUCAUCAGAAAGGGGCCAACCAAAAUGCCCCAUAGCAGGUUGCCCUAGGAUUCUGCAGGCGGAAAAAGUAGUAUGUGAUCCGUUGUUAGUUGUUGAAAUUGAGGAAAUGAGAUGUAUAAGUAGACAAACUGCUAGGGCUAAUGUGGUAGAAGAUUUCACAGAGCUUGAUGAAGAGGAGGAUAACUGAUAAAAGAGUUUUGAUCAGAAUUUAAUCAUUUUCUUUUUAUAAUUUCUACUCUCUACUGUAUAUGUGCAGCUCGUUAGGAACGAUGAAUGGACUAAAACAGUAUCAUUGUCCUUUGUAGUCGGAGAAUUGUCUCUUCCUAUCAUAUUUUCUAAAGCCUUCAAAUUAAUAUUCAACGAAUUUCGUGUUACAA